UGUAAACAACAAAGCUGACAGCUAUUUAGCUGUUAGCUAAAUUGGGACUGGAUCCGAAGCCAGCGAAUUUAAAUUAGACGCGUUGAUCGACAAAGUUGGUUAUUUAAUAAGACGACAGCUAAGUUGAGUCUUCGUUAUACAGACUGUACCACGGAAACUGGGAUUUGUUCGCCUGUUUAUGCAACAAGCUAACCGUCUUCCGUUACAUCGCCAGGAUAAGGCUAGCCCAAGGAGACACUGGAUAUCGUCAAUGCUGGUGAAGUUCACGUCGAAUAGCUUGUUAUUAUUGUGAAUUUGGACGGAUAUCGGCGAACUGGCAAAGGUGGUAGUGCCCGAGCCUCGUUGCUCUGCUGGAUUGGCUGUCUUUGGCUGACAAACACUGGGCAGAGAGAGGGAGCGAGAGACCGUCCAUUUUAGCAAGACAACCAUGUCUACAUCUAACGCCAAUUUCAAAAACAAGUGUGUGACCCAAGUAAACUGCAUAUUCUGUGACAGUCUACUCUGUACGAGAGGCAUGAAAGCGGUGCUACUUGCAGAUACUGAGAUUGAGCUUUUUUCGACCGACAUACCACCCAACAGAACUGUUGACUUUGUGGCCAGCUGCUACUCCACUGAGAGCUGCAAAUGCAAACUGAGAGAUAUUGCCUGUCUCAAGUGUGGUAAUGUUGUGGGUUAUCAUGUUGUGGCCCCCUGUAAACCCUGCCUGCUGUCCUGUAACAAUGGACACUUCUGGAUGUUCAAUAGUGAUGCUGUGUCUACUCUCAACAGACUGGAUUCUACAGGUUUGAAUCUGUUGUUGUGGGGGGAUCUUCCUGAGCUGGACGACAGUGAGAACGAGGACUCAGAGAGCCCCUCAGAGGAGGAGUGUAUUAGGUAGAAAGGAAGAUGGAUAAUGAGGAGCAAGCGACCUGGAAGGCCAACGUCUGAGAGGUGGAACCAGAGGAGUGGACAAACCCUUGUUUGACAGGAGAAUGAUGAAAGAGAGGCCUUAAGCUGUUACCAUGCCUUUUCCCUCACUUUUCACUGUUUAAAGCACAGAUGUAUACACUGACCAACACACAUUGUUUUCUUUUUCAUUCAUUUCCUCUCUUCUUUAUCUUUGUGUGGACUAUCAUGAAACACAUGGCUCAAGUAUACUGAAUAUCACAAAUGAGUAGAGUCCUUCUUCUAGUGCAUUCUACUUCCAUCACUGAGUCUCCACUUAGCUCAUGAUUUUGAUAGACUCAUAAUUAUGAGUUGCUGUGAGUGUGGGACAACAAACAAGCAAAACGAGCUUUGGCUUACCAGUGAAUGCUGUGUUUUUUUUUUCACACUGUUUACAUUAAGUCCAAUUUUCUGAUGAGAUGACUACAAUUCAUCUGUUGCUCUUUUUAAUGGCAGUAAUAAUCUGUAGAUUGAUGAAUAUGCUGUAAUAUGGCUGCAAACAGCAAGCUCCCAUUGAUAGCCAUGUCUUCAAGGCUUAUAUUCUUUAUGUGUGGCUGGGUGCUGACUGAGGGGUUGUUUGCUUUUGAAUCCUGUGUAUUAGAGAAAUAGCACAAUUAUUGACUGAUGAUAUCUAUCUAUGAGUUGCUUGCUAUUAAGGGCAUAUUUAACAUAGGUUACCUUACUAGCUGAGGUUCUAUCAGCGAUACAUUUUGAUAUGCUAAUACAGUGUCUGUUACACAGUAACAGUAUGUGUUUGAUACCGUGAAGAACUUGACUGUAGCAGUAUCUGAUACUAACUUUCUAACUUAUGCGUAUAGGGUGUGCUUGCACAAAGGCUUGGAGCAGUUAAAAGCUCUGCUUUCAUUUUUGCUAAAAGCCCAUAAAUCAAUAAUGUAGUCAUAAUUUGCCAAAUUGAUGGCAUUGGUGCAAGGCUAAAAUUGAAAUUAGCAAAGGUGCAAUUUUGACAUAACAGUUCAAUCUGGAUCACUCAGCAGAAUUAGGAUCCCAGGGUUCAUGCUGUGUUUCUGUGACAACUGUUCAGAUUUAUGUAGCAACUUAUUUGUAGCAUGUGAAGAAAAAAAAGAAGAAAAAAAAAACAUUCCAAAGAAACAUGUCAUCAGUAUGGAGCUUUGGGACUGGCCAGUCAUCUGAAUGAGAUAGUUAUGC